AUGGGACAAGGCUUCUCUCUCACGUCCCUUUCCGCGGGGUCUGCAGGCAUAGAUGUGCCAGAGCUUGCAGAUCUCGUGUAUGAAAAAUCUAUGGGAACUGCCAGGUUUAUGAAGAGCAUUCGAGCGCGGCAUCAAGACGGAGUCGUGCUUGUCAAAGUCAUUGUUAAGCCAUAUACCAUGCGCUUGGAGAAGUACAAGCGCAUGAUAAUUAAGGAGAGAAAAGCUUUGGCAGAUGUCCCCAAUGCCCUUGCUUACCAGCGAAUCGUGGAGACCGAGACGAACGGAUUUCUCGUUCGACAGUACCUACAUAGCUCUCUAUACGAUCGCAUGAGCACACGUCCCUUCCUAGAAGAUAUCGAAAAGAAAUGGCUUGCUUUCCAGCUCCUCUGCGGCCUCCGCGAUUGUCAUGCUCGGGACAUAUUUCAUGGUGAUAUCAAGACGGAAAACACCUUGGUCACCUCUUGGAACUGGCUAUACAUGUCAGACUUCUCAUCAUCAUUCAAGCCUACGCAUUUGCCAGAAGAUAAUCCAGCCGACUUCUCCUAUUUCUUCGAUACUGCUGGACGAAGAACAUGUUACCUUGCACCGGAGCGGUUUCUAGCUGCGGAUGAGACCCUAGAUCCCAAGGCGCCGGUUACAUGGGCUAUGGAUGUGUUCAGUGCUGGCUGUGUGAUCGCGGAACUGUUUCUUGAGGCGCCUAUUUUCAACCUGAGCCAAUUGUACAAAUACCGAAAACGCGAAUACGACCCUGUUCUCACCCAUCUUAACCGCAUUGGGGACGAAAAUAUUCGAGAGAUGAUAAAACACAUGAUCUCACUCGACCCGGAAUCAAGAUAUUCUGCACAAAACUGUCUUGACAUUUUCAAGGACAUCAUCUUUCCGGAGUACUUUUACAGUUUCCUCCAUCAAUACAUGGGUCUAAUCACGGAUCCAUCAUCUGGAAGGGCACCCAUCUCUGGAGCUUCCGCAAAUCUGGGAGAGGCAGACGAGCGAAUAGACCGAAUAUACUUUGAUUUUGACAAGAUAUCAUAUUUUUUGGGCUACGGAAACGAAAAACAAGCCCCAAACACCCCCUCUCAAAAUAAGCCUGGCUUGGAGCUUUUCCCGGUCCAUCUCAAUAUUCCAAACAAUGAACAUCAAGCCUCCCUGACUAGCGGGAAAAAGCCAACAGAUGAUGGGACGCUCAUAUUCCUAGCUUUGGUUGUAUCUUCUCUUCGAAAUACUGCUCGAGCAUCCGCCAAAGUACGGGCCUGCGACAUCCUCUUGGCUUUCUCAGAGCGACUCACAGAUGAAGCAAAGCUUGACAGAGUCUUGCCUUACUUUGUUUCGCUUCUGAAUGACAAAGCGGAUAUUGUGAGGAUAGCGGCCAUUCGCUCGCUGACACAGCUUAUGGCUCUUGUAACUGUCGUAUCGCCUGUAAACGCCCAUGUAUUUCCCGAAUACAUUUUACCUCGUAUGAAUGCUUUUCUCCCAGGGUCACCUUCGGAACCUGGAUCUUUAGUUCGAGCAACAUAUGCUGCUUCCUUAGGUAGUCUGGCGAGUUCUGCCUCGCGAUUUCUCGACAUGGUGGCUACUUUAAGAGCUGAUGGAUCCCUUCCCACCGCGGACCCCGAGACAGAGGAUGGGACCAAUGGCGACGCUUCUUUUCAGGGACUCUUUGAUAACACCCGAGCAGAGCUCAUCGAAGUGUUUGAGAGCCACACAAAAGCUCUGAUCACUGAUAGUGACUCAGCUGUCAAAAGAGCCUUUCUCGGCUCUGUUCCUGAGCUUUGCAUGUUCUUCGGAACGGCGGAUUCGAACGAUAUCAUUCUCAGCCACUUGAACACAUAUCUCAACGACCGGAAUUGGAUGUUAAAAUGCGCAUUCUUUGAGACCAUCGUUGGAGUUGCCACUUUCCUCGGCGGUACCAGUCUGGAGGAGUUCAUUCUACCAUUAAUGGUUCAAGCUCUGACGGACACAGAGGAGUUUGUCGUACAAAGAGUCUUGCAUUCCUUUGUAAGUAUGGCAGAGUUGGGCCUCUUCCAACGAUCAAAGACCUGGGAACUCGUCGACAUCGUGGGCCGUUUCACGAUGCAUCCCAACAUUUGGAUUCGCGAGGCCGCUGCAAUGUUUCUUUCAGCUGCGACCUUAUGGUUGUCAGUUGCGGAUAAUCAUUGCAUCAUUCUGCCACUUAUAAGGCCAUAUUUGAAGACUUCCAUCGAAGAUUUUUCGGAAAUUGGAGUCCUCGACAAUCUGAAGAAACCUAUGUCUAGGGCAGUUCUUGACUUGUCAAUAACCUGGGCUUUGAAGGUCGACAGGGGAAUUUUUUGGAAGCCUGUAAAUCAACUCCGUACCUUCUCUUUUAAUUCAAACAGCUUGAUACCCUCUAUAUCUGCCAAAGAUCUUGGCCAUCACGCUCUCCAGAAAGUACCGAAAAAUGAAGAGGAUGAGCAAUGGUUAUCGAAACUUAGGAACAUGGGCCUUGGCCAUGAAGAUGACUUCAAACUCCUUUGCCUAAGAGAAUACAUAUGGCGUCUGGCUCCCUCCAAAGCCCGCGACGCUUCUCGACACGCAACUUACCUUAAUAGUGUUAUCAAUCUUCGCAGUAUUGGCAUUACCCCCCAAACUGUCAUGUUUGACGAUCAGCAGGCCAUGGAGGAGCCAAAACCCCAAGCUAAGAAGGCUUUACAAGGGAAUGACCAGGCACCGCAUACCAUCGCAGACGCUUUGCUCGAUGCAUCGAUGACAAUUGAUGAUUCUAUCGCUAAAAGACGGCGCUCUGCAUACAACAGCCACAAGACCCGAGUGAACACUCCAGGUGGGACUUCACCAGUCGCUUCUAAUGGGCGCGAUUCUCAAUCACCCACGUCAGAAUCUCCUGUUCCAUCUUCAAGCCCUCGAGAAUUGGAUAUCCCGGGAGCAGCAGCAGGUUCUCGGAGACAGUCAACCUUAAAUGGCACGGCUAAGAAUAGCGACGAUGAAGGGGCUUCACUGCCUGACACUACAUUGAGCGCGAAUUCUAGGGAACUCGUUCGCGGAAUGAAGCAUCGACCUAGUGCGAUGAACCUGAUGAGUCGCAAAGACACAAUUAAGUCUAUAGCUGAGACUAGUACAACUUCAACCAACGCAUUUGGCAAGGUAGAAGGGCCAUUCUCGCAUCCGGGAGCAGAAUCUUCCGCCUUAGCAUUAGCAAAAGAAAAGGAAACGGCCGCCAAAGACACGAUUAGGUUCAGAGGCGCUCAUACUUACGCUGGUAAUGAUCCCAGUAUACUGAAAAUGCUGGAUGCGAUGUAUGUGGACAACUAUCCAAAUGACGUCGCAGCGUUUGGGCCAAUGAUCAUACCAUCUAGUCGGCGGAAAGGGAUCAACAAGAGCAGUAGUCAGUCUUCGGAUCGACCGUGGAAGCCUGAAGGGAUUCUUGUUGCCACAUUCUCUGAGCACGUUGGGCCUCUGCGCCAUAUAGCAGUUGCCCCUGACCACGUCUUCUUCCUCACUGGAGGUGACGACGGUUGUGUAAAGGUCUGGGAUACGGGGAGACUUGAGCGCAACAUAACCCACCGAUCUCGCCAGACUCACAAGCAUGCCAGCGAUGCGAAAAUCACUGCUUUAUGUUUCGUCGAACAUACCCACUCUUUUGUUAGCUGUGCAAGUGAUGGCACCAUCAACGUAGUUCGGGUCGAUUGUAUCCAAACCGGCGGCUCGAUGCGAUACGGUAAGCUCCGAUUGCUGCGAGAGUAUCAGCUGCCUAAAGGUGAAAUGGCUGUAUGGUCAGAUCACUUCAAGAUCGAGACAAGUUCUACCUUACUCAUCUGCACAAAUCGAUCUCGAGUGCUGGCAAUAGAUCUACGGACCAUGGAAGUUAUCUAUACCUUGGACAACCCAGUGCAUCAUGGAACCCCGACAUGCUUUGUUAUUGACAAAAAGCGACAAUGGCUAUUGCUAGGAACGUCUCAUGGUGUUCUCGACCUUUGGGACCUGCGCUUUAAAGUCCGCCUAAAGGGUUGGGGCAUUCCAGGUGCUACGUCUAUCUACCGCUUGUCUAUACAUCCUACCAGAGGUCGAGGGAGAUGGGUAUGUGUUGCUGGUGGCAGCGGACAAGGAGAAGUCUCUGUCUGGGAUAUUGAGAAGACUCAAUGUAGAGAGGUUUAUCGUGCUGGGGGAAGUCGAGAUGGGCCAAAAACCUACGAUCCUUGGCCAGUUGACGAAGACCGUCCGGAGGGCAUGUUGGGACGUUUUGCAACAGCUUUAGAACCUACCGGUUCAAGCAGCUCUGAUUGUGGGAUACGUGCCAUGCUAGCGGGGACGGACAAUUACGAUGAUUCGCGUGAGUCAAAGCAUGGGUUCCUCAUUACAGGAGGGUCGGAUAAAAAGAUCCGAUUUUGGGAUCUUUCCCGUGUGGAGAAUUCGAUGGUGGUCAGUGGGCUAGAUGCUGAAGAGCUGAAGCCAUCAUUUACUGCUGCACACCCAACAGCUUCUCUAACACUGAACACUGAGCGUAUCCCACGACCAGGCCCGACCGCACCCAAUGCUGCAGCUGGCUCUCGAACUUCAGGUACCAGCAAAGUGUCUAGUACGAAACCUCCGAGAUCUACUGUGAUAUCCCUUCAACAGCAACAGUUGCUGAGAACACAUUUGGAUUCCAUUCUCGACAUUGCUUUGUUAGAAUUGCCUUAUGGAAUGCUUGUUUCAGUUGAUAGAUCAGGCGUUGUAUUUAUAUUCCAGUAG